ACGCAUGCGCACAGCGAAAACGCGCAAGAUGCUGAUCGCUCGGUAAUUUACGGGAGCGGAGAGCUUCAAAAGCGAAGCCCAACGCCGCUAGGUCAAACCCGACUGGAAGCGCUCGCGCUCUGAAAAGUUCUUUGGCGAAUAAGAGGAGCGCCGCGCGCACGCUUUUCCCGGGGACUUUUGCCUCUCUUUUAAAGACAUCCCGUGCGUUUACUGUUUUAGUAUGAGAUUCCCCGACAGAAAACUACACGCGGCGGUGGAUGGAGGGGACGCGGGCGUUUCAGCGCACUUCAGAAAUCCUUUCGUGCACGAGUUGAGGUUUACUCCUCUGCAGAAACUCAAGAUCGCAGUGAUGACCGUGACGCUGUUCCCUGUCCGUCUGCUGUUUGCUGCGUUCAUGAUGUUGCUGGCCUGGCCCUUUGCAUUCGUGGCUACCGUUGGCCGUUCUGAGGAUGCAGUUGAACCUCUGUCCUGGUGGAGGUGGCUGGUAGAUCUGGCCCUAAAGGCCAUCAUGAGAGCCAUGUGGUUUUCUGGAGGCUUUCACUGGGUCCGUGUGAAGGGCCGGCCGGCGCUGCCCAGCGAGGCACCCAUCCUCACAAUGGCCCCUCACUCAUCCUACUUCGAUGCCAUCCCCGUCACCAUGACCAUGGCCUCUAUAGUGAUGAAGGCUGAGAGCAAAGACAUUCCAGUCUGGGGCACUCUUAUCAAAUUCAUCCGGCCUGUGUUUGUGUCCCGCUCGGAUCAGGACUCUCGGAGGAAGACCGUGGAGGAGAUCAAACGCAGAGCUUGUUCGGAUGGCGAAUGGCCUCAGAUCAUGAUAUUUCCGGAGGGCACAUGCACCAAUAGAUCCUGUCUCAUCGCGUUCAAGCCCGGUGCGUUCAUCCCUGGAGUUCCCGUGCAGCCUGUGCUGCUGCGCUAUCCUAACGAGACGGAUACAAUCUCAUGGACGUGGCAAGGGCCUGGAGCGUUUAAGAUUCUAUGGCUCACAUUGUGUCAGCUGCAUAACUUUGUAGAAAUAGAGUAUCUUCCUACGUACACCCCAUCAGAGGAGGAGAAGAAGGAUCCAGCCCUGUUCGCCCACAAUGUGAGACGUAUCAUGGCCAAGGCUCUUGGGUUGCCCAUUAUAGAUUACUCCUUUGAGGACUGUCAGCUUGCUAUGGCCAAAGGCCCCCUGCGCUUGCCUAGACACACCUGUUUGCUGGAGUUCGCCAGACUGGUACGAUGUUUAGGCCUGAAGACGGGGGUCACUGAUGAAGUCCUGCGUGAGGAAGCCUCCAGGGCCAGCAAACUUUGUGGAAACAGACUGGACGUGGAGGGAUUUUCUCAGUACCUCAAACAACCUGUAACCGAAGCAGUACAGGACAUUUUCUCACUUUUUGAAGAGCACGGAAAAGUGGAUGUGAGAGAAUACAUCAUCGCCCUGUCUGUGGUCUGCAGACCUUUCAGAUACCUGGAGACCAUUAAACUGGCAUUUAGGAUGUUUGAAGCAGAGGAGGAUGGAGCGGUUGUAGAAGAUGAGUUGGCUGUCAUUCUGAACACCGCUCUGGGGAUCGGAGAUUUCGCUGUUUGUCACCUUUUCAGGGCCAUCGAUUGUCAAGACAAGGGAAAGAUCACAUUUGAUGAUUUUUGUGUCUUUCUGGAGAACUGUCCAGAUUUUGUCGAGCAGUACCAGUGUCUCAGCGAGUGGAUUCCUCAAGCUUCCAGAGAAUGUACAUCUCCCUCAGAGUCUCAGCCUUCAACGAACGGCUUCUGUGCUGACUUCAGCCCUCGAGAUCCCAGUACUCACAGCAAGAAACAGGACUAAAAGCAGCUUUUACUAUCACAGCUCGUCACCCUCAGUGUGUGUGUACUUCUGGGUGUAGGAGAGGUGAUGAUACACUACAUCAUAAAGUUGAAUUGGGAUUUGCAUCUGGGUACAUCACCCCAGGGAUUCCUCCAGAGUUUUGUUUAAAAAAAAAAACCCCUUAGCUAUUUUUUUUUAUACCCCCCAAAGAAUGUCUUUCAAAAGGAAACAAAACUGCCUUUUUGGAGAUUUUAAUUUCUAUAUAAAGUGCUGUUUGCUUUAA